AUGUUGGCCUUCAAAGUGCGACGUGUGCUUUCCACAGCGACACGACUCUCUCCUAUGGCACGCACAUUCGCAACGGCAGCGGCCGAAACGACAGCUACACCAGGCGCCCGCACUCACAAGGUGGUGGUGGUGGGUGGUGGUUCGGCCGGUCUGGCCAUCUCCCACCAGCUACUUAAGACGGGGCGCUUCUCGCAGGACGACAUUGCCGUGGUGGACCCGGCCGAGUGGCACCACUACCAGCCCGGAUGGACGCUGGUUGGCGCCGGACUCAAGAACAAGGAGGAGCUACGAAGGCCGCUGAACAGCCUGACGGACCCCAAGCUCAAACUGUACGCCGAGGCCGUGAGCAGGUUCGAGCCUGAGCAGAACACGGUGAAUCUGGGCAGCACCAAGCUGACGUACGAUCACCUAGUGGUGGCUCCGGGCAUCAAGGUCGACUUCUCGAGCAUAAAGGGUCUCUCCGACGCCUUGACGGACCGUGCCGCUCCCGUAGCAUCCAUCUACGGGUACGACUCAGUGUCUAAGCUCGACCCGCUCGUGCGCACGUUGGCCAAGGGUAAGGCCAUCUUCACGCAGCCCCUGGGCGGCAUCAAGUGCGCCGGCGCGCCGCAAAAAUCUAUGUGGCUCGCCCUGGACUACUGGAAGAAGGCUGGGCUGUAUAACCCCUCUUCACCGUCAACAUCACCCGUGCACAUCACCUUCGCCACGGGAAUGCCUACCAUGUUUGGCGUGCCCAAGUACGCCGCCAAGCUGGAGCAGCUGAGGCAGGAGCGCGGGGUGGAGGGUCUGUUCCAGCACGACCUGGUCGAGGUCGAUGGAGACAAGGCCGUUUUUGCCCGCCCCGACGGCCAGGAGCGAGUGGUGCGCAAGUUUGACCUGUUGCACGCCGUUCCUAAGAUGGGCCCCCACGCGUUUGUCCGCGACAGCCCCUUGGCCGACAAGGCAGGGUAUGUGGACGUGGACGACAACACGGCGCGGCACCGCAAGUACGCAAACGUGUGGUCCUCUGGCGAUGCGUCAAGCCUGCCCACGUCCAAGACAGCGGCUGCCGUAACGGCCCAGGCUCCCGUCAUUGUGGGCAACAUCCUGCGGGCCAUGGAGGGACAGACGGCCGACGCCGGGUACGACGGGUACACCUCUUGCCCUCUGCUGACCGAGUACGGCAAGGUGCUCCUAGCCGAGUUCAAGUACGGCGGCGUGCCCAAAGAGACAUUUGGUGACCUGAUUGGUUUCGACCAAGCUGAGCCCCGCCGCCUUUUCUACUACCUCAAGAAGGACUUUUUCCCAUGGGUCUACUGGAGCGCCAUGGUCAAGGGGAACUGGGGUGGUCCUAAGGGAUGGAUCAAAUAG